GCUUGUACGUUGACAUUUAGGUGUUUUAGGCGGUUUUUUUGUGUGUAUCUGGUGACCUUAAAAUGGGAGUGGUCUCUGUGAUACGCUAAAACUCACUAUAUAAACCUCCCGUGAUCAUUUCGGAAGCAUAGUUUGUUCAGAAUCCGACAUCUGAAGAAGUCUUUUGCUAAAAUGGCCUGCAAGUUUGUAGUCUUUGUAGCAUGCGUGGCUGUUGCCUCUGCAAGUGUAGCUCCUCUUCAUUACGCAGCUCCAGUUGUUGCAAAAACUGUUGUACAAGAAUUGGAUCAUCAACCUGAAUACUCUUAUUCUUACGGCGUUCAUGACUCUAUCACUGGAGAUUCUAAAAGCCAAGUUGAAACCAGAUCUGGAGAUGUUGUUUCCGGACAAUAUUCCUUGAUCGAAGCUGACGGAAGCAAACGUACUGUUGAUUACACCGCCGAUGCUGUUAAUGGAUUCAACGCCGUCGUCAGCAAAUCUGUACCAACCGUUGUUGCCCCAGCUCCAGUUGUUGCCAAAACCAUUGCCGCUCCAGUUGUUGCUAAAACCAUCACCCCAACUGUUUAUGCAGCCUACAACGCCCCAGUUGUAGCUAAAACUUAUGCUGCCCCAGCUGUUGCUGCUUAUGCUGCACCUACUGUAUACUCAGCCCCAGCUGUAUACUCAGCCCCAGCUGUAUACCCAGCCCCAUCUGUCUAUUCAGCUUACACCGCUCCAGUCACAAAGACCAUAGUGCAAGGCCCAUCGACGUAUACCGCUUAUUCCGGACCUGUUGCUCACGCUUGGACAACAAAAAUGGCUUUCAAAAUCGUUCUUUUGGCUGCUUUCGUAGCUGUAUCUCAAGCUGGAAUUUUAGGAACCCCAGCUGUGACUUAUUCAACAUACUCAGCACCAAUCACAAAAAUUGCAGCACCAGUAGCUUAUUCAGCACCUAUUGUUAAAACUGUUGCCCCAGUUGUUGCUAAAACCGUCGUUCAAGAAGAAUACGACCCCCAUCCUCAAUACUCAUACGGCUAUGAUAUCCAUGAUGGAAUCACCGGAGAUAUUAAGAAUCAACAAGAAUCUCGUGAUGGAGACGUCGUCCAAGGAUCUUAUUCUUUAAUCGAAGCUGACGGAAGCAAACGUAUUGUUGAGUACACAGCCGAUCCCGUACAUGGUUUUAACGCUGUCGUUCAUAAAGAACCAGCUGCAGUUCCAGUUGUUGCUAAAGCAGCAGUUCCAGUUGCUCCAGUUAUUGCGAAAACUUAUUCCUCCCCAAUUAUCGCUAAGACAUACGCAGCUCCAAUUGUGGCUAAAACUUACGCUGCUCCACUUGCAUAUGCAGCUCCUGUAGCUAAAGUAGCUUAUGCAGCACCAGCUGUACAUGCUUAUAGCACUAUUCAUUAAGAAUGAUAUUGAGAUGAAUGA